AUGCACUCUCCCAAGAAAAAAAAAACUCUCUAGCAAUACACACCAAACUGAGCAUGUGCAGAGUGUCUCCACACAAUAUGUUUUAUCAGGAUAUGAGAGAGGGGCACUGGAAGAAGGGGAGGAUCAGAGAAGUCAGGAUCAAUGUGUUUUUACACAAUGCAGAGGAUUAACCCCUUAGGUUCCACAGUGAGUAUAACAAGCAUGCUUUACUGCAUAUACAGACUGAUUUUACUACUGUGGGUUUAUUAAAACUUUA